CUGAUAAAUAUUUUAGACAGAGAAGAAGUGUUACAUGCCAUGGCAUCCAAAUCCAUUUUUAUUCCUUUCUUCAGCCUAAAGAUCCAUGCAUCUCUUCCCUUAUCCCCAAUUUAUCUCAAACCUUCCUUCUGCCAUCUUAUAGUUGUGUACCAUCCACCCCCAACAAAAUUACACAAAUACCCAUCAAACAAAUUCAACUGAAAUACCUCUAUUCAGUUCAUCUAAUCCAUUAUUAUAAACUUGAAUCAAUUCUUAUACAGUUACCCCCUUCAGCUUGCCCACAGAUAGAUUCUUCCUGUCUUGAUUCACAUGUGAAUUCAGUUUUUACAUGUUUAUGGGGCCUUUUUGAUACCAAAGUUAGGGACUUUUAUGAUCUGUCUGUGUUUUAAUUCAACAUUAGAGACCUACUUCAGGAGCCUUCAUGAAUUGGUCUUUUUGAUGAUUUCUUGAAGAUUAAUUAGGGUUUAAAGCUCUGAGAUGUUCUUGGUGGAUCAAAUUCAGUAUGAUUGAUAUCAAGGCUAUAAGAUCAUAGAAAUAUAAUUAAAGAUGGGUGUUCAUAAAUGGAGUCUUGUUGCUUUAGUGUUACUAAAUUUGGGGGUUUUUCUGAUAAAUGGUUUGAGCACACACAAUGCAUCUACAAGACCGGCCAUUGUGAAUAUUGGAGCUAUUUUCACUUUUGAUUCAACAAUUGGCAAAGUUGCGAAGGUUGCAAUCGAGGAGGCUGUCAAAGACAUCAAUGCCAAUUCAACCGUUCUUCGUGGGACAAAACUUAGAUUGGAAAUGCGGAGUUCGAAUUGUAGCGGGUUUCUUGGCAUGGUUGGAGCGUUACAGUUUAUGGAAAGCGACACGAUUGCGAUUAUAGGUCCACAAUCUUCGGUAGUAGCCCACAUUAUAUCUCACGUAGCAAACGAACUUCAAGUUCCGCUCUUAUCAUUCGCUGCCACGGACCCCACCCUAUCGAACCUCCAGUUCCCGUAUUUUGUGAGAACAACGCAGAGUGAUUUGUACCAGAUGAAUGCUGUUGCGGAAAUCAUAGACUAUUAUAAUUGGCGGGACGUUAUUGCAAUCUUUAUAGACGAUGAUUAUGGAAGAAACGGAGUGUUAGCACUAGAUGAUGCAUUAGCGGCAAAGCGUUGCAAAAUAUCGUAUAAGGUUGGAAUCCCACCUGGACCUGGAUUUGGGCGGACUGAAGUUAUGGAUAUUCUUGUGAAGGUUGCGUUAUUGGAAUCUCGAGUGAUUGUUCUUCAUGUUUAUCCCGAUAUGGGGUACUUGAUGUUCUCAGUUGCUCGUUAUCUUGGGAUGAUGGCAGAUGGGUAUGUUUGGAUUGCUACAGAUUGGCUUUCGUCUUCUUUAGAUUCGAGUUUGCCACUUCCUUUGGAAAAAAUGGAGAAUAUGCAAGGGGUUGUUGCUUUGCGGCAACACACACCGGAUUCCGUUGAAAAGAAAGCGUUUACGUCAAAAUGGAGUAAAUUAACCGGUGGUUCUUUUGGGCUAAAUUCUUACGCUUUAUAUGCUUAUGAUACCGUUUGGAUUAUAGCUCAUGCUAUUGAUGCGUUCUUUGAUCAAGGCGGGAUUGUUUCGUUUUCGAAUGAUUCAAGAUUGAGCUCCGGUGGUUUUGCGGAUCUUCAUCUUGAUGCGAUGAGCAUCUUUAAUGGCGGAAAACUCUUGUUGGAUAAUAUGUGGAAGAGUGAUUUCGUUGGUUUAACAGGGCAUAUAAAGUUCGAUUCCGAUAGAAAUCUUGUUAAUCCCGCAUAUGAUAUUAUUAACAUAAUCGGAACCGGAAUUCGAACUGUUGGAUACUGGUCAAACGGUUCAGGUUUGUCGACUUUGACCCCCGAGAAUCUUUACUCGAAACAAGUUAAUCGAUCAAGUGCGAAUCAAGAACUUCAUAGCAUAAUUUGGCCGGGAGAGGUUGUGACGAAGCCACGGGGAUGGGUUUUUCCGAAUAAUGGGAAGUUGCUGAAAAUUGCGGUGCCUCUUCGGGUGAGUUAUAAGGAAUUUGUUUCACAAUUGCCGGGAACUAACAUGUCAAAAGGGUUUUGUAUCGACGUUUUUGUUGCGGCCGUGAAUUUGCUCCCGUAUGCGGUGCCGUAUCAAUUCAUACCAUUCGGAAACGGCAAAGAAAACCCGAGCUACACCGAGCUCGUAAGAUUGAUUUCAACCGGGGUUUUUGAUGGUGCGGUUGGCGACAUCGCUAUUGUCACGAACCGAACAAAAAUUGUUGAUUUCACGCAACCUUAUGCCGCAUCAGGGCUUGUUGUCGUGGCCCCGUUUAAGAAAAUGAACACAGGUGCUUGGGCAUUUCUACGCCCGUUUUCUCCAACGUUGUGGGCGGUGACUGCGGCUUUCUUUCUUGUCGUCGGCAUUGUGGUGUGGAUUCUAGAGCACCGAAUAAACGACGACUUUAGGGGGACUCCCAAACGACAAGUCAUAACGAUCCUAUGGUUCAGCCUUUCUACUCUCUUUUUUGCACAUAGAGAGAACACUGCAAGUACUCUCGGGCGUAUAGUGUUACUCAUUUGGCUUUUUGUAGUUCUAAUCAUUAACUCGAGUUAUACCGCAAGUUUGACUUCGAUUCUUACGGUCCAACAACUAUCUUCUCCAGUCAAAGGGAUAAAUUCGUUGAAAAAAACCAACGAUCGGAUUGGAUACCAAGUGGGAUCUUUUGCGGAACGAUAUUUGCUCGAAAUCGGGAUUCCCCAAUCCCGACUUGUGGCUCUUGGAACACCCGAUGCUUAUACUGAUGCACUCCGAAAAGGCUCCAAGAACGGUGGAGUUGCGGCCAUAGUUGACGAACGUCCGUAUAUCGAGCUUUUCUUGUCGAACCAGUGCACGUUUCGGGUUGUUGGGACCGAGUUCACCAAGAGUGGCUGGGGUUUUGCAUUCCCGCGUGACUCUCCGUUGUCGGUCGACUUAUCGACCGCAAUCCUUACGCUAUCAGAAAACGGCGAUCUCCAACGGAUCCACGACAAAUGGCUAAUACGAAGCGGAUGCAGCACCGAUAAUUCUGAGCUCGAGUCGGACCGAUUACACCUCAAAAGUUUCUGGGGUCUCUUCCUUAUAUGCGGUGUCGCGUGUUUCAUCGCCAUUUUCAUAUACUUCUGUCAGGUAUUUCGACGGUUUCGUAACGUCGCUCGAUCGACAGUCGACUCUGACGGGUCCCGAUCCCGACGACUUCAAACACUCCUUUCGAUCAUUGACGAGAAGAAAGAUCCUCGAGAUAAGAAAAGGCAAAAAGUGGAAAGGUCGAUUUCGGAUGAGAGUAAAGAUUGUGAGACCGGACACGAUUCAGAACAAAGGUAGACCAAUCCAAAAAAGUAUACUGCGGCUAGUGUUUACAACUUCUUGGCUAACGAGCGUUAGGUUCUUAUAUCGGAAAGUCUAAUCCGAUGGCGAUGUGCGAUUUACAGGUAUCGGUUAAAUUUGUAACUGAACUUCUAUAAAAUCAAUUCAAAUUUAGAAUGGAAAUAAGCAUCAUUUGUACAUAUCCUUUUAAAGUCAAUAUUACAAGUCUUC